UUCGCGUUCAAGUGCAAUUGGUGUGUAUUGUGUGUUUUUCUAACUUUUAACUUAACUGCGUGCGUGUUUUAACAGAUAACUAAGCAAUAAAUACAAACAUUGCCUGCAAGCAUUAGAUUUGUUGUUGAUUGAGUGCAGUGCGACGCAUGUAAACAUGUCGGAACGUAACAAAGCUGACGUGUCGCCAACGUCGCGCGUCAACAACAAUCGUGUUGUUGUUAAAAAUCCGUUGUUAAGCGCCUCCGUAACGGGUCUAUGCUUUGACGAUUUUCCCAAUAAGCCGCUGUUGCUGCCAGCCGCGCCGCCUGUGGUGCAUGCAACACCACCGCCGCCGCAUAUAGCAAGCAUGCUCAAUCGCGAACCCAAAACACUGGUAACCGUUGGACAAACCUCCAGCAUUGACGAUAACGAAACACUUGACGAAAUCAAUUUGAAUGCCAGCGGCAGUGACGAUCUAAGCGCCAACAGCUCUGCCCAUAAUCUCUACCAAAGCUCAGCGGAUGCCAAUGCAAAUCCCUUGCUAGAGCCAGCACCCACUGGUGAUUCAUUGCUCAGCCAGGCGGCCUCCUCCUUUGGCGCGCUACCCGCUGUAGCCUCGAACGUUUUCUCUACGUUCUCCAAGCGCAUCUACGCAGGCGCACGUGAGUCCGAGCAGCAGCCACAGCUGGACAUACAACCCACUUAUAUACAGCAAGCGGAUCAGGCAGCGCCGCCACCACCCGCACCCUUCUACGCUGCACCACCAACGCUAGCGGGUGAGCUAGCGCCAGGGCCACCAAAAUUCUAUGCGCCCACUGAAGUGCCCGCUGUAACUGCCACGCCUCUGCCGCCCACAGCAGCAAAUGCGCAAAGCCAUUUUCGCAUUAGCGCCAAGAAGAAGGCAUACGCACCCAUACCUGGAUUUUCAGAGCAACUGCAGCAGCAGCAACAGCUACCAACUGCGCAGUUUGCCACGCCUCCUUAUCCCACAGCGGCGCCCGCAAGCUUUGAGCCCGCAGCAGCGCUUGUGCCUGCGCCUGAGGAACGCAGCAACAAAUCCAGCGCUGGACUCUUCUCGCUCAGCAACUUGGUGCCCAGCGGUGUGCUCCAAAAUAUUUCCGGUCUAGUGCAAUCGGCUACAGGCAGAGCCAGCAGCGAACCCAGCGCUGCACCCAACUCCUAUACAGCAGCAACCACUGGUUACUUUGACUUGAGCCAAGUCUCCGCUGCAGCAGCGCCCACGCCCACGCCCACAGGCUAUUUUCCGCCCACUGCAGCGCCAGCAGCUACAGCUGCUAAUUACUUUCAGCCUGCGCCUGUUAAUUACUUUCAGCCAGAGCCAACUCCAGCAGCAACUCCGCCUGUUGUUGCUGCCGUUCCAACAGCAACUGUUGCUAGCUUUGCACCACCAACAGCAGCUACACCAAUAAAUUACUUCCAGCCGGAGCCAACACCAGUAGCUACACCACCGCUCGUUGCUGCUCCACCAUCGGCGGCUGCACCUGUAAAUUAUUUCCAGCCGGAGUCCACACCAGCAGCAGCUCCAACUGCAGCUGUUAACUACUUUCAGCCAGAGCCGACACCAACACCACCUCUUGCUGCUGCUUUACCGCCAGUAAAUUACUUCCAACCUGAGCCAACUUCAGCUAUUGUUGCACCACCGCCAACUGCAACACCUGUAAGUUAUCUCCAACCGGAGUCCACACAAGCAGCAGCAGCUUCAUCUGCACCUGUUAACUACUUUCAGCCAGAGCCCACACCAACACCACCACUUGCUGCUGCUUUACCACCAGUGGCUGCAGCUGUAAAUUACUUUCAGCCAGAGCCAACACCUCCUGUUGUUGCAGCAACUGUUGCACCACCUCCAGCAGCAGCAACUCAAACUUCAUAUCGCUUGCAGAAAGGCACGCGUCUGUACAAAAGUCCGCUAACCGCACAGGAGACAACAAAUACAGCGCCAGCUGCCAUCUUUAAUCCCUUUGCAGCAGCAGCAGCACCAGCAAAUCUCUUCAAUCCUGAGGCACAAGCUGCUUCACCUGCAUUCUUUACACCACAGCCGGCAGACCAAGCAGCACCACCAACUGCUCCACAAUCCUUGUUUAAUCCACAAGUACAACAGCCACACUUGUUUCCACCAACAUCGUCAGUUCAGGAAGUUUCAUCAACAAUUCCAUUGUUUGCACCAGCAGCAACACAAGAGCAAGUCAAGUCGUUAGAUCUAUUUGCAGCUCCAGCAACAAACAAAAACGAAUCCUUGUUUAAUACACAAGUACAACAGCAGCAGCCCUUGUUUGCACCAGCAGCAACACAAGAGCAGAUCAAGUCUGUAGAUCUAUUUACAGCUCCACCAACUGCUCACAACGAAUCCUUGGUGCAUCCACAAAUACAACAGCAAGACUUGUUUCCACCAACAUCGACUGUGCAAGAAGUACCAUUAUUUGCACCAGCAGUAGAGCAGGCUAAGUCGGAGCAACUAUUUACAGCUCCAACAACAAACCAAAACGAAUCCUUGUUUGCUCCACAAGUACAACAACAACACUUGUUUGCACCACCAACAUCUGUUCAAGACGUUUCACCAACAAUUCCAUGGUUUGCACCAGUAGAGCAAUCCAAGUCGGAGUAUCAAUUGGCAGCAACACCAACUGAGCAAAACGAAUUCUUGUUUAAUCCACAAGUACAACAGCAACAGCCGCUGUUUACACCAAUAUCGUCUGCUCAGGAAGCUACAGUACCAUUGUUUGCAACAGCAGCAGAGCAAGUCAAGUCGGUAGACCUAUUUACACCAACUGCGCCACAAUUUGUAUCAACUCAAAGCGAAUCUUUGUUUAAUCCACAAGUAGAAGAGCAAGAAUUGUUUGCACCAGCAACGUCUGUUACAGAAGUUUCACCAACAAUACCAGCAGCAGAGCAAUCUAAGUCGGAGGAUCUUUUUGUAGCGCCAACAACAAACCAAAACGAUUCCUUGUUUAAUACACAAGUACAACAGCAACACUUGUUUACACCAACAGCAGCAACUGAAACACAAAGCCAAGGAAUAAAUUUAUUUACACCAGCAACAAAUCAGGAGCUGCCAAUCCCAACAGCUCAAAUUGACGCAGGAGAGACAGCAAAAAGCAACGAAGCUAGUCAAGCAGCAAAGGAAACGCUAAUUGAGGCAACUACAGUAGAUUCUAGCUUGGACACAGCUGCAGCAACUCAGGCUACUGCUUUGUUUCCACCGCUACCCAACGUGCCACAAAGCAUUGCACUAAGCACACAAACCAAUACUACAACAUACUUCAAUCCUUUUGCUUCGAGCAUAAGCACAGCUUUGCCGCAGGAUCUGUUGCCACCACCUCAAGGUUUUGUAGCAGCCAACGACAACAGCAAUUUGUUUGCAGCGCAGACUAUAGAACCCGUGCCAACAGACGCCGCGCAGUCGACGCUGCAAAGCUUCUUUGCACCCAACGCUGCCACAAGCAGCGAUUUCAAUCCAUUUGCCACACAAGCGCCGCCAGCUUUGGGCUUCGAACUGCUGUUGAACAAUACGCAGCAAGCGACGUCACCUAAUGAAAUUCUACAACAACAAAAUUCAAGUGUAAAUUCUUGCUCUGGUUAUUUCGCUCCAGCAGCAACAACAACAACAAGCACAGCAGCAACAGCUGUCACUGCAAGUGCAACAGCUGCGGAUUCGCUCAACUUCUUUGAUCACUUUGCUAUAGGCAGCGCUCAGGGACAAGAGGAGCAGCGCAUACAGAACUUUUUCAAUAAUCCACCGCUGCAGGAGCAACCGGCUGCACCAGGUGAACUCAAGUACGACAUCGUGCACAGUGGACUAAGUGUGCAGCAUUACGAGCAACGCUCUCAAACCUCACAGCAAGUGGAGCCACCCUCUUCCGCCUGCUCAGAGUUUUCCAACGCCACAGCCUUAGUGCCGCCGCCGCAGUCGCAGCCAGCAACAGCACCAGCAGCUCAUCCUACGGAUUAUCUGCUGCAAUUACAUCAGGGCGAACUGCCCGAGGAGAUACUGCAACAGCUCAGAAUGGCGCAUGAGAAGGGUGUGGCCAUUACGCCACCAGCUGAUUCCAUUGUCUACACGCCCGCAUUGCCGCAUUGGUUCUACAAACGUACCGUGGAUGGCAAACACAUCUGGACACCCUUCAGUCACUACGAUUCAGCGCUGCUCGAAACUAGUUUAACCAGCGAUGAAGCUGAUUCCUUUAGCGUAGUGCCCGUUGAGGGCGGUCGCUAUGACGUAAACAUCAAGGAACGCACCAAGACACCCGUUUUCUGGGAAGGCAAAGCCAUUGAAGUGCGUCGCUGCAGUUGGUUCUACAAAGGCUCCGACUCACGUUACGUGCCCUACGCCGAACAAGUGGCCGACGCACUUGAAGCUGAAUACAAACGCGCCACAGAGACAGGCGAGUGGCACAAGAAGAUACCGCUCUCCAAUGGCGAGCAGGUAAUGAUGCAUGGACCCACAGUCAUCGUGCACUUUAUGCCGCAACCGAAUAGCGAUACGUGGGGCGCCAGCGUCCAGAGCAGCUCACGCCCAUUGGUGGUGAAGCGAGAUUUGAAUGACUUUAAGAUACAACAAGGUGAAUCACAGCGCGUGGAUCAUUUGCUGUUCAUGGUGCAUGGCAUUGGCUCAGCUUGCGAUCUCAAAAUGCGCAAUGUGGAGGAAGUGGUGGAUGACUUUAGACUCAUUGCGCAGCAGCUGGUGCAGUCGCAUUAUAAGAACUCCACAGACAUGGGCUUGGUGGGACGCGUUGAGGUGUUGCCCAUCGAAUGGCAUGGACAUCUGCACUCCGAGGAGCUGGGCAUUGAUGAGAAACUCAAGUCUAUAACGCUGGAGUCUAUACCACGUCUGCGCAACUUCACCAACGAUACGCUGCUGGAUGUGCUCUUCUAUACCAGUCCCAAGUACUGUCAGAAGAUUAUGAACACGGUAGCGGAUGCGCUAAACGAAACCUAUUUGAAGUAUCGCAUGCGGCAUCCGGAAUUCAAUGGCGGCGUCUCGCUGGCUGGCCAUAGUCUCGGCUCAUUGAUACUCUUUGAUUUGCUGUGCCAUCAGGAGCCGCUCAAGGAGAGCGAGGAGGAGAAUAAGGAGAACCCCGAUCAGCUGCCACAGCAGCGUGGCGCUGAAGCUCAGCUGGUGCAGCUGCCCAACAAUGAGCAGCUGCUGCCCAAGCAAGUUAGCUAUGCCAUGGGCGUGGGUCAUGCAGGCACUGGACAGCCGGUUAUCAACUACACACAGCUUAUAUUUCAACCGAAAAAGUUCUUUGCUUUGGGCUCGCCCAUUGGCAUGUUUGUCACCAUACGUGGCAUUGAUAAGUUGGGCUUAGACUUUCGUCUGCCCACUUGCGCGGGCUUCUACAAUAUAUUCCAUCCCUUUGAUCCGGUAGCUUAUCGCAUUGAGGCAUUGGUCAAUCCGGAUAUGAAGGGCAUACGUCCGGUAUUGAUUCCACAUCACAAAGGACGCAAGCGCAUGCAUCUGGAGCUGAAGGAGACAAUGACGCGCGUGGGUGCGGACAUAAAGCAGCGUUUUAUGGACACAUUCAAGACAACACUUGACAGCGUUAAUUUCCUAGCCACAGUGACAAAAGUAAAGAAGGAAGCAGAGGAGUCGCUGGAAAAGAGUAGCUCCACGCAAAUUUAUCCGAAGCUAGAUGAGCACGAUGAAUCGUCAGUGGCCUCCACUUCAACACAUGUGCAGCGCCAUCGUUCCGACUCCGAGUCUACAACUACAUCAGAUCCUGAGUUUAUUGAGCUCGACUUUCCGCUGGGCAAACUUAACGAUUCCAAGCGUGUGGACUAUGUGCUACAAGAGGCGCCACUAGAGUUUAUUAACGAGUAUAUAUUCGCUUUGAGCAGCCAUGUUUGCUACUGGGGCUCUGAGGACACCAUACUCUUUGUUAUGAAGGAGAUCUAUGCUGGUUUGGGCAUUAGCACUGAUAGCCAGGUGCCACAACAAUCCAUGACUAUUGAGAGGCCCAGCUCACGCAAUAACAGCGUCAGUCAGUCGUUGUUGCCGAUGUGAGUUAAUAUCUCGCACACACUAUUGUACGAUUAGCUCUUGUCUUCUUUACGCGUCUCUAAACACAACAUAUACAUAUACAUAUAUAUUAUAUAUACAAAU